AGCCGAGUCGUGUUAUAUAAAGACUCGUCAAACCACGAGGAGGAGGAGAUUACUUCGUGCAGUCGAGACGAAUCACUGGAGUAGAAUCUGUAACAUUUCGUCAGGAAAUUUAGAACUUUCUUACUCAUUUGUAACAGCACCCCAAAGACACUCAUUACAAAUUAAUUUUCAAUCAUGUUGGAGCUCACCACAUUUCAGUUGUUGUCAUUAUCAACCGUUGUCAUAGCGAUGGUCGCUGCAAUAUGGCGACGAGGAAAACCUAAACCAAUAAGCAGUUAUCUUACACCUGACGCACCAAGAGACACUGUCAUUCUACACCAGUAUGGAGCUUCACCCAUGGUUCCAAGCAUUUCACCUUUUGUCAUGAAACUGGAAACUUAUCUAAGAGCAGCUAAAAUACCAUACAUGAAUAAAUUCAGUCGAAAACCUGGGCCAAAAGGUAAACUGCCAUGGAUUCAAUACAACGAUAAAGUUAUUCCAGACAGCCAAUUCUGUAUCGAAUUUCUGAAUGCUGAAAUGAAAGUAGACUUGAAUAAAAAUCUUGCAGCUGAAGAGUUGGCUAUUGGACACUUAGUACGACGAACUGUCGAGGAAUCUCUUUACUGGAUUCUUUUGAUGUUUCGAUUAGUCUUUGAAGCUCAUGGAACUAUUUAUCAGAAAUUAGGUCUCCCAAGAGCUGUUAUUUGGUAUUUGCGAAGUUCAGCUAAAGGCAGACUCUACUCACAGGGCAUUGGCCGUCACAAUGAAGAGGAAGUGACUAAGAUGAUGGAAGAUGAUUUAAGAGCACUGUCAACUAUCUUAGGCCAGAGAAAAUUUCUAUUUGGCAAUGAAAUUGAAAAUGUGACCGAAUUUGACUGUGCCUUGUUUGGACAACUCUGCCAGAUGGUGUGGCAGAUGCCAGGUUGCAAUGUUGAAGAUGUUAUUGCUGAAAAAUAUCCAAAUCUUGUGCAGCACUGUGAGAGAAUGAAAGCUGCUUUUUGGCCAGAUUGGGAUCAGAGGCUGCUUGCACCAAAGAUAGUUUAAUUCCACUGUGUAACCCGUUUACAUUAUCCUACACCUAGUCUCAGUGAAACAAAGAUUUUGUUAGAAUUUGGCUUUAAUUUACAUUCAGCAUUGAAUUUGGCUGAUUGAAACAAAAAUAAUUUACUCAUGUGCUAAAGUGAAUUUGGCAUACAAACAUUAUUCACUUGAAUUCAGUUGACAGGCAUUAAGUGAACUGAUUAAAUGAUUUGGCUGUAAAUAAUUUUGCAGAGACAUGGUCUCAUUAUUUAUUUAUUUUCAAUUUUGAUUUCUUAAACAUGUUGAAAUGCAACAUUGUUAUAUUUUUGUUAUAUUUAUUGUCAAUAUUGUUGUAUUGAUAAAGUCAUUUUUUUUAAUUUACAAGUAGCAUGUGUGUUGCACAUGUUUUCUUAAGAUUGUGUACCAUAAUGUAAAUAGUUGCAUUUAUUGUUCAGCUAUUUUAUUUAUACACCAGUUCCAUUUUGUUACUAACCAGGAAGUUGUGAAACCUUGAAGUUGUGAAAUCUUUCAUAAUUUUGUGUUGGUUUUGUUUUCCGUUAUGUUCUUAUGUUGAGCCUGCAUUGUUUAACAGUAACAUAUUAUCUAGCCUAGUCUACAAGUCAAGUAUCAUUUAUUGUGCUGGUCACAGUAUUCCCUUAUCCUCUGGCCCAAGCGAGGUCUAAAACAUAAUACAUUUUAUGACCUAUAACUUGUCAAAACCAGAGUUAUAUAAUAGAAGUGCUUAUUAUGAAACAAGUUCUUUUUAAAUGUUAUUUUAUCUGAAUGUAUAUUUCCACAUCUAACAGUGUCUGUUAUUCCCGUUUGAAAUAAGUUGCAACAUUAUAUGCAAAGAUUCAAACAUUACAAACCAUUUAAAUAUAUUUGACUUAUGGUGAUAAAAGAGGUGGUCACUUGUUGCCAAAGUUACAAUUACCUACAGACAGACCCUCUGCCAAUGUAAAUUAAAUAAUGGCAAGAUAAACUGUUAUUUGAAAUCUUUAUUUAUAAUGAUCAAAAAUACUCAUUUUGUUUUGCCUCUUAGUUGUGUAUGUAUUUAUUAUUGAACGCAAGUUCUAACGGUGCUAUAUUGUUUGAAUUUUUCUUUCACCAUUUGUGAUCCAGUUGUGCCCUGUGACAUUUAUUUAUUUCAUGAAUCUAUUCACAUGACUUCAUAAUUGUACCAUUGAUUUAUUCCGAAACAUGAAGGUAACUUCUAAAACACCUUGUACAUUAACAUGUUAACUAUUUUGUAUUAGUUGUGACCUUCAUUGAAGAGAAAAUGAAUUCUAAAUCGGCUAAAAUAAUGUUUCUACCAUUUGUCUGUAAAUUUGGGAUUUAUCUGAAAAAUUUUAAAAUGCACGAGAUUAACAUGACAGAAGCCAAUUGUGCUCUAUAUCAGGUCUUAAAAUUUACUCUGGUUUUGAUGGUAGACUUUGUGAAUUGUGUAAAUCUAAAUUGACAUUUACACUUUGUGAAAUUAUUAAAGGUUAAAAAAAUAUCA